UCUCAAUCCUGAAUCGGUCAUGUCAUGUGGCUGCGAGUGUGCUUACAUUGUCAACUUAUCAAGUCGAAUUAUCGAAGCCCAACCGACGUCAUCGCGUUGCCUGCAACUAUAGAAAAGCCCGCUUGUCUCUGGCCGCCUCUUUCGUUGCAACUGUUUAAGAUCUCCCCAGAAUCAUCCAACUGUUCUCUAUCCUCACUAUACAUCUAUUCCUCACUAAGUCAAGCUAAACACGUUACUCAUCACGAUGCCUGUCAUCCCCGAGCCUGCUAGCUUCCCUACUGCCCACGGCAGUAACAACGAUAGCCCUUCCAACUCCUCGGAGCAGAGAGACCCUGGCCAGGAUACAAAGAAAGCCUCGAUGCUCGAUCACCUGUCAAAGGGCCCUCAGAUCCCGGACAGUGAGUCUGGAGUUUUCUUACUGCUGAACAGUUCUCCUCAUUGACCCUGCUUUCUCAGACAUGCCACCUAAAGCAACAAAGGAAGAGAUUGAGGCGCGUAAGAAGGAGCUGAACCAGUGAUUGUUCCGGACAUCUCAGAUGGUCACCUACUUUCAUAUUUCAAUUGUAUUAAUCAUGAGA